ACAAACAGAAGUGACAGCGACGACAAAACCCAUUUUUUUAUAUCCUGAUUCGAAAGGACGGUUUCAUAUAAAAAAAUAUAACGAUGCGUAUACCAUGCGACCAUAUGUAAAAUUAAACGAAGAAUUCAUCGGAUAACGAAAAUUCGGUAGAUUGUUUAAAAGAUUCAGGCUAGUGUCGAAAUUUCAGCAUCCUUUCUUCUGCGUAUGUGUAUAUAUAUCAAGUAGCCGAUCUCAUCGACCCAUUGGGAAAACGGUUGUAGACUGACUUCAGCCAACAUGUGGCGGUUCGCCGGCUGCCAUCUUGGAUUCUCUUGCUCUCGGAAGCCGGGCGCCCAAAAAAUACUGGAGUAACACGCAUUCCCGAGGCGCAUGGGUGUUCUAUCAAACUAAAACUCGACGUUAACGCGUUUCGUUUCUUUCUUAUUUUACGCCGAGUGAGACUAUAACCAAGAUUCUUUGCCGGAAUGUUGUAGGAUUGUUUCGCCAUUUCUGUGUUAUUGAAACGGUGAACAGUUCGAGGUCGUUUCAACGUCGUAUGUUUCCAUUACGUAGUCGAGAUAGUACAACAGUUAAUAGUGUAAACGAUAUAAACAGCGUAAAAGUCGAGGUAAAAGUUGAGAAAAUGGCAUUACCCAGUAGAGCACGGUUAUAUGCAGAUGUCAACUCGCACAAGCCUCGGGAUUAUUGGGACUAUGAGUCUUAUGUCGUCAAUUGGGGCCAGCAAGAUGAUUAUCAGCUGGUAAGGAAAUUGGGCCGUGGAAAGUAUAGUGAGGUAUUUGAAGCCAUUAACGUCACGAAUAAUGAAAAAUGUGUCGUCAAAAUAUUAAAGCCCGUUAAAAAAAAGAAAAUAAAGAGAGAGAUCAAAAUCUUAGAGAAUCUGAGAGGUGGGACCAACAUAAUAACGCUUCAAGCAGUCGUCAAAGAUCCAGUCUCGAGGACUCCGGCGUUGAUUUUUGAACACGUCAAUAACACAGAUUUCAAGCAGCUUUAUCAAACACUGACAGACUACGACAUUCGAUAUUAUCUUUACGAACUUUUGAAGGCAUUGGAUUACUGCCACAGCAUGGGCAUUAUGCAUAGAGAUGUGAAGCCGCACAAUGUUAUGAUCGAUCACGAAAACCGGAAACUUCGGUUGAUCGAUUGGGGUUUGGCUGAGUUUUAUCAUCCCGGACAAGAAUAUAAUGUACGCGUAGCUUCGAGGUACUUCAAAGGACCCGAAUUGCUCGUGGAUUAUCAGAUGUAUGAUUAUUCAUUGGAUAUGUGGUCCUUGGGCUGCAUGCUCGCGAGCAUGAUCUUCAGGAAAGAGCCAUUUUUCCACGGUCACGAUAAUUACGAUCAGUUAGUGAGGAUCGGAAAAGUAUUGGGUACAGAAGAGUUGUUCGAGUAUCUUGAUAAGUAUCACAUCGAGCUCGAUCCUCGUUUCAACGAUAUAUUAGGACGACACUCCCGUAAACGCUGGGAACGUUUCGUACAUUCGGAAAACCAGCAUCUUGUCUCACCUGAGAGUCUUGAUUUCCUUGACAAGCUUUUGCGCUACGACCAUUACGAGCGGCUGACUGCCCGCGAAGCCAUGGACCAUCCUUACUUCUAUCCAAUUGUGAAGGACCAGGGCCGAUCGACUAUCGCGUCAUCUUCGCCAACUCCGAUGACAGGAUUGCUGCCUGUGGUUGAGUAACGGCCCAGUGCUGUGCGGUUCAAUCCUGACGGGGGCCCGGAGGAGGCAAGCUGAAAAUCGCCGUCUGACACUUUCAAAACAAAAGAAUGAUCAGAGAACAAACGAAAGAUAAUGACUGAAGGCUGGGGAAAAAAAUCCGUAUCACUGUCAAAUGGAACUCGAAAGUUUUUGUAUUAAGUUGACAGUUCCAAAACGGUGCCACUUCUGUAAGCAACUGGCGCCACAAAUUCUCUAACUACCAGCAGACGUACAGGUGCAAAAUAAUAAUAACACGCGCGCGCUCGAGCGCAAACACACAACACACACACACACACACAUACACACAAACACUUACACUGAACACAGGGACAAAACUACGAAUAAUCAUCCCACGAUCUAUUCACGUCUGCAUCACGAUAUGAGCAAUAGAAACAUUGCGCGGAAGUAACUGCCAGAUCAGUGCAAUAAGACGCGUAAGCUGUACUUCCUUCAGUGACAACGACAACAACAAUUACGAUUGAGAUUAAAAGGUAGAAGUCCAUGAAGGAAGUUUCACGAGGGGGUGCGCGCCCGCGAAUAUUGAUGUAAGGCGAUCACACCUAAACCUGUUCUGUUCUUAGUUUACGCAUCAUACGACGUUUUUUUUUCUUUUAUACUCAAUGUGGGUUCGCCCUCCGUCUGUUUUUGGCCUACCAAUAUUCUGUUAUGGCCAGUAAUUGUCAGCCAAAAGUAGAAAAAAUCAACAGAAAUAAAAGUGAAAUUUCAUUGUC